UAACCACAUGACACAACCUAACCUUAAAACUUUUUACUCGUAUCUUAAAACGUAAUGCGUCUUUUAUAGGGACUAAACAUUUUUAUUACGUUUGUCUAUACCUAACAAUAAAUCAUGUCGAAGCUCUUUAAUGACGACAGUUCUGAUUCCGAGGUUGAUGUAAAAACUAAUUCCGAAUACGCCAAAAAUUAUGAUGCUUGGAGGCAGAAGGAAGAACUGCACAAAUUGCACAUGAAAUAUAAAAACGAAAGUGACAGCUCGAGCAGUUCCAGUGACGACGAUGACGAACCCGAAAUUAAUGAAAAAUUUGAGCAAGAUUUUUUCAAGACGCUUUCGUAUUUAAAGAAUAAAGAUCCCAGGAUUUAUGAUAACAACUUUGAUUGCUUUACUAAUGCAGAGAGUAGCGUGAAAGUGAAAAAGAAGACUAAAGAACCUGGUUUGACAAUAAAAGAUUACGAGCGGAAAUUACUUUUAGAGAAAGGCGGUCAACUAAGUGAUGAAGAAGAAGGAAACCAUGAUCAAGAAUCUUUGGCCUAUAAUGAUGAGCAAAUGCAAUUAAAGGAGGAUUUAAAGAAGGUGUUAAACAAUGUUGACGACGAUAAUGGCGAGACCGAGGAGUGGGGUGGGAUUUUUAAAUCACGCAAGAAGACUGCGGAAGAAGCCGGAAAAGAGGAAGACGAAUACAAGCUCUGGUUAACUGGUCAAAAGGAACAUUUGGAAACAACAAAAGACGAAACCGAGCUGAAGCCACUAAAAGAAUUUUGGACUGAUCCAAAGCUAGACAAAGAUGAAAAAUUUCUUAGGGACUACAUCCUAAAUAACAGGUUUUUAGAAGCGGAAGAUAAUGAUUAUAUACCUACUUACGAUGAGGUGGUGCACGACUCUGAUGAGGGUUUGUCUGAGGAUGAAAAAGCUUUAAGUACCCAAGAAGAAUUUGAGCAUAAAUAUAAUUUUCGUUAUGAAGAACCUGAUCAAGACUUUAUCAAACGUUACCCUCGUACUAUGGAACAAUCCUUAAGGAAAAAAGACGACAAAAGAAAAGUAAAACGAGUAGAACGAAAGGAACGAAAGAUAGAAGAGAAAAAGGAAAAAAUGGAAGAAAUGAAACAGUUGAAGGCAUUAAAGAAGCAAGAGAUCUUCGAAAAGAUAAAAAAAUUACAGGAGGUGACGGGUAACGACGACAUAGGAUUUGAUUUGAAAGAUCUCGAUGAGGAUUUCGAUCCAAAUGCCCAUGACCAACGUAUGCAAGAAUUAUUUAAUAACGAAUUUUACAGUGUGCCAGAGGGUGAUGCAAAACCUGAAUUUCCGGAAUUAGACGAAGAAUUGGAAAUUGAAAAAUGGGACGAAUGGCGCGGAAAUAGUGAACCCAAGGAAGGGGGGCAAAGAGAGGUGGAGGAAAAGGAGCCACAUUGUGAAGACGAAAAUUUUAAUAUGGAUUGUGAUUACGAUCCCGCAGCACAUUCUAAGGAGUUGAUUCAUAAUUCAAGAAAGAAGAAAAGACAGAGACGCAAAAGUAAGUUUGCAAAACUUGUCAGCGAACCAAAGCCCAUUUUUAAUCCAAGCAGUAAAACUUAUCAAGAGUAUCUUGACGAGUACUACAAAUUGGAUUGCGAGGAUGUCAUAGGUGAUGUUCCUUGUCGCUUUAAAUACAGAAGUGUUGUUCCAAAUGAUUUUGGUUUAAGUGUAGAAGAGAUAUUAAUGGCAAAAGAUAAAGAAUUGAAUCGUUGGAACUCGUUAAAGAAAGCUGUACAAUAUCGACCAGAGCAUGUUGAAAAGUAUGAUAUUGUGGCAUUUCGGAAGAAAGGACAAAAUGAACACCUCAAAAGGAAAUUUUUACCCAGUUUGUUUGGGGAAGAGGAAGUCGAUGACGUCAGACCCAGUUCCAGUGCGAUAACAAACAAUAUGAAAAUGCCAAAGGAACCUGAAUGUAAUGAAGCUGUAGAAAGUCCAAGUCAAAGCAUUGUAAGUUCAGAGAGUGCAGAGAAAAAAACUAAAAAGAAGAAGAGGAAAUUGAACACUGGUGAUGAGGGUGUUAUUAAUUCAGAAAGUGGGGAAACAACAAUUAAAAGAGAAAGAAGUGAAGCAGAAAGUGUCAACCCUGAAGAGAUUUCAAAAACGACAAAGAUGGAGUUGAAAAGUAGUGCAGUUAAGCAAGAAAACAGAAAUAACAAAUUGAAUAAGAAGAAGAGAAAGAACAAAAUGACAGAAAAGGAUGUUGGGAUUUCUGAUGCUCGUCUUCUUGCAUUUGGCAUUAAUCCCAAAAGGUAUAAAAAUAAACUCAAAUAUGGUCCUGUGCAGAAGUAGGAUUGGUGUUCUGUUAUUGAUCUUUUGUUAAUGUUAUUUAAUAUAAUUAUAAAGUUUU